AUGGAUUUGUUUAAUUUUGAUCACGUCAAAGCUGAGAAAACAGGCGCUAUAAUAUGGUACAAUCACCUUCCGAACUUAAGAAAGCUGUUUCGAUUAAUUGAGUUUUGCCUUGCUCUUGUGUUUCUCUUUUGGAUUUUCAAUCGCCUUCCAUUUGCUAUUAGAAUCUCUGGCGAGUUCUUUAUGAGAACAGCUGGAGUAAUCGCCAGUCCAAUCUUCGUUUUCUUCCUCUGCAAUGCUAUCAUCGCUACUCUCAUCGCCAAAUCUGGCAGAUUCUCUGGCGAGAAUCCCGCCACGGACAAUGCUGAGACUGAAUUUUACGAGGAGUUGUUAAAAAACAACGAAAAUCGUUGUUCCAAGCCAUUGUCAGAGAAUCCUUCCUCUCCUCCGCGUCUUCCAUCUCACGCAACCAAGGAGAUGGAGUACCAGGACAAAGAAAUAAUCUCCCAAGUUAAUAAUACCACUCAAACAGACAAAAAUGGUGAUGGUGCUGUUGACAUGGAGUUGUACUCAUCUUCGGAUUCAGACUCCGACACAGAUUCUCACAAUCCGAGAGUUUACCGGAGGUCGAAGUCGGAGAAGUUAGAGAGGAAGCCAGCGGAGAAGGUGAAAGCGAAGAAGCUGCGGCGAUCGGAGACAGAGAAGUGCAUGAAUGCUGUGAAGUCCACCGGCGGCGAGGGUUUAUGUCCAGAGGAUGAAUUGAGUGAUGAGGAGUUUCAGCGGGCCAUAGACGAGUUCAUUGCCAAGCAUUUGCGGUUUCGUCGCCAAGAGUCUUUGGCCGUUGUUCUUCAGAACCAUAGCUCAAUCCCCGAAACUGAGAAAAAUUUGAAAAAUUAA